GAAAGAGAGCAUCUCGCAUGCUAUACAUUUUCGUACUCACCAUAUGAAUGACAAACAUGUUGAGUUAGCUUAGGACAAGUUCGAUGCUCGUUGUGGGUUCUGAGAGACUUCAGCGCCGUGGUGGUCGUUCGCUUGAUUUAAUUUGGUUUUGUGUUUUAGCUCGUUCCGUUCAACGGUUAAAGUGCGCGCGUGAAAAUUCGUAAAUAUUAAAUAAAAACACAUUUCCGUGUCCGCCGGCCGCUAAAUACAAUUAAUUUAGUUAACGUGAAAUAUAAAAGGUAGCCAGUAGCCACUAAAGAUAUUAGAAAUCGUUAAAUCAUUAAAUAUCCAGAUAUUUAUCUUUCCGUGUUUGUGUGCCCAUGUCAAUAUAUCGAUAUAACAGCCAAUAAUACACCGAGACUGGUUAAAUGAAUAUUUGAUUUGUUUACAUUAAAUUUUAAAAAUAUACAUAUACCUUCCCAGUGGAUAUUUGGAAACUAAAAGAAAUUUGUGUAUCAAUUCAAACAAACAAAAGAAAUCUAUCAAAAAGCAAUAACGUUAUUGCCUGGCCGCGUAUUCUCAUUGAUUUUUGGUUGCAUUGGUAUGAUGAACAUUCGCAGUUGACGUGUUAACAGCAGCAAAUAAUAACGGGUGAAAAAAAAUUUCCAAAAAAACAAAAAACGGCGUCCCCAAGAAGUGUGAAAAAGCGAAUCGUAAUAAGCGGAUAUCCCACUACCGGUCCCCGUAUCCAAAGUCCAUUUGGCCAAUGUGAUGUAAAAUGAAAUUUGAAUGGUUUUUUAUGUUCAUUAUAACAAGAGCAAAACAAUGUGGUAACACUGGCAAAUGAAUGAAAAAUCGCAAAAAAAUAAGCAACAAGUGUUCAAAUCCAAAAAUAAUUGCCUUACAUGAGUCGUCAAUGAAUUUUGCGCGGUUUUCCCAACAAAACGGUCUGGCAACACUGGCAAAGUUAAAAUUAAAGGAAAAUAUACAACCAACAAGUGUUUCGAAUUGUUAAAAAUAGUUGCUGCAUCAUCUCGCGUUUUAAUUUUUUUUUCAUAUAUAUGGCGCCUUUAUGAAACAAAUUCUCCUCCCCUUCGCCUAAAAAGAAUAAAAAUCAUUUAGCCAAUAGAGUUUUUGAUUUAAAAGUGAAUGUGACAUGAACUUGGUAUAAAUUUCGCUGUUUUAAAACCCAACCUAGUGCUUCUCUCUCUCAAUAUAUACGAUACGCGCUUAAGUCCAAAAUUUUCCUGUUUAUUGUAAAACUCGGUUAAAAAUGGGCUUUUCAACGGCCCUUCAGGGCCGCGCCGCACACGAUGCCUUAAUCGCCCGUCAGGAUGUUGAACUUCGUCUGAUGGAAAUGAUGAAGCGUGCCAUGCAACUGAAGGCUAAAUACGAUAAAGAAUACGCCGUUGGAUUGGCAGCAGUUGCACAGCAGGGUUUAAAAAUCGAUCGAGCCGAUGAUAUGCAAGGUAGUCUCAUUACGAAAUCCUGGCGCUCCUACAUGGAUGAAUUGGAUCAACAAGCUAAACAGUUUAAAUUUAAUUCCGAACAACUCGAAGUGGUGUGUGAAAAAUUAGCUCACUUGUCACAGGACAAGCGCAAGGCUAAGAAAACAUACCAGGAAGAACAUACAAAAAUCGAAGCCAGAUUAACUCAUCUCACAGAAGAGGUAUCCCGCAAGAAACAUGAAUACACCAAACAUCUGGAUGGCUAUAGAACCUUAAGAGAUCGCUUUGAAGAACAAUAUAUCAAAGGUGGUAAAGUUACCCGCAAAGUCGAAGAUGUUCGUGACAAAUAUCAAAAAGCCUGCCGUAAAUUACAUUUAACCCACAAUGAAUACAUCCUCUCCAUUACCGAAGCUGUGGAGGUGGAAAAAGAUUUCCGCACCAUUCUAUUACCUGGUCUGUUGGAACAUCAACAAUCGGUGCAGGAAAGUUUCAUACUUCUAUGGAAGAAUAUUCUACAGGAAGCCAGCCAACACAGUGAUUUAACAUCGGAUAAAUUUAAAGAAAUCCAAAAGCGUAUCGACAAUGUGAUAGGUAGCAUAAAUCCCAGUGAAGAAUAUCGGGAAUUUACGGAAAAACAUAGAACAUCACCCACCACCCCCAUUGUCUUUCAAUUCGAUGAAUCCCUGAUUCGAGAUAUACCCGGUAAGCUGCACACCAGUACAUUGGCCGUUGAUAAUUUAACCGUGGAUUGGUUGCGUACCAAACAAUUGGAAUUGGAACUAUUCGUGAGAGACUGCCAAGAGAAACAAAUGAAAAUGAUAGAACAUGUCAAUGGAGGAUCACCAACAAUAGCCAAUGGUUCGAUAAUUUCGAAUGGAAGUAUCAACAGUAAUGGCAUACAAUCUUCAAAGGAGAAUCAAAAUCGCCAAUCCAAGGAUCUGAAUGCUCUACGUUGCCAGGAGAAACAAAAGCAAAAACUCUUGGAUAUGAUUAAAUUUGCCUUGAAUGAGGUGGGUUGUGAGGAACUGCCGCCUGGUGAUGAUUUGCCUAAUUUCCCAGAUUUUGGUCAUGGCUUUAAUAAUGACAAUCAUCAUAACGGCAAUGGCAACUCUACCAGCGUAAGUAUUUUCAAUGAAUUGCGUCGCCGAGGUGGAGUUCUUACCCUCUUGCGGGGAAGACAUUUCAAGCGUAAAUCUACACCACAACCUACAACACCGACAGCGUCGGCGCGUUCCAAGCGUUUUGGUAAUAAAAUGAAACCACGCUCCCAAAGUCUGGGUUCACUAUCGGUCUCUUUGUCCACCAAUCGUCCCCUGUAUGAAGAGGAAUGGUUUCAUGGUGUCUUGCCUCGUGAAGAGGUUGUCCGUCUACUCAACAAUGAAGGUGACUUUUUGGUACGUGAGACCAUACGCAACGAAGAGAGUCAAAUUGUUUUAAGUGUCUGCUGGAAUGGACACAAACAUUUCAUAGUGCAAACCACUGUAGAUGGUCAUUUCCGUUUCGAAGGUCCACCCUUUCCCAGUAUACAGGAAUUGAUAUUGCAUCAAUAUCGCUCGGAAUUGCCAGUCACAGUGAAAUCGGGUGCUAUACUAAGAACACCGAUUUGCAGAGAAAUAUGGGAGCUGAGCAAUGAUGAUGUGGUGCUGUGCGAAAAGAUAGGAAGGGGUAACUUUGGUGAUGUCUAUAAGGCCAAAUUGAAAUCCACCAAAUUAGAUGUUGCCGUUAAGACUUGUCGCAUGACUCUGCCCGAUGAACAGAAACGUAAAUUCUUACAAGAGGGUCGUAUCCUUAAGCAAUAUGAUCAUCCCAAUAUUGUCAAACUCAUUGGCAUUUGUGUUCAGAAACAACCCAUAAUGAUUGUCAUGGAAUUGGUGCCAGGAGGUUCAUUGCUGAAUUAUCUACGCAAAAAUUCAAAUAAUUUAACAACGCGACAACAAAUGGGAAUGUGUCGUGAUGCGGCUGCUGGCAUGCGUUAUUUGGAGUCCAAAAAUUGUAUACAUCGCGAUUUGGCGGCCCGUAAUUGUCUUGUCGAUCUGGAAUGUUCGGUGAAAAUUUCCGAUUUUGGAAUGUCCCGAGAAGAGGAAGAAUACAUUGUAUCCGAUGGUAUGAAACAAAUUCCAGUCAAAUGGACUGCACCGGAAGCUUUAAAUUUUGGCAAAUAUACAUCACUGUGUGAUGUCUGGUCAUAUGGUAUAUUGAUGUGGGAAAUAUUCUCGAAAGGUGAUACACCAUACUCGGGCAUGACAAACUCCAAGGCCAGGGAGAAAAUUGAUGGAGGUUAUCGCAUGCCCGCUCCCGAUAAUACCCCUCUAGAGAUGUAUCGCCUUAUGUUGCAAUGCUGGGCUGCCGAAGCCGAAUCUCGUCCACAUUUCGAUGAAAUUUACAAUGUCGUCGAUGCACUGAUUUUACGUUUAGAAAAUAGUCACUAAAGUUCAUACACUCAGCCACCACAAUGGAUUACCAUUAAUAACAACUCCAAAAGAGAAGAAGAAGAAUAUAUCUCUCUUGUAGCUCAUCAUCAGUUAUAACCGUACCAUGGAACUCAAGCAUCUGAAAAAAACUACAGCCUACUUUAAAAUUCUCAUUCAUGUUAAA